UAAAGAAAGUUAAUAAUCACUAGAACGACCUUUUGCCCUUCGGAGAUCAGAUGAGCCAAGAAAGCACCCCCGCGUGCCAUGCAGUCGUGGCCCCUCCCCCGCCCCACGUCCUCCUUGUCUCUGCCCCUUUUCAGGGCCACGUCAACCCGCUACUCGCCCUCGGCCAGCGCCUCGCUUCCAUGGGCCUCCUCGUCACCUUCACCACCGCAGUCCACACGGGCCUCAGAUUCAAGCACCAGCAGCACGGCGAGGACGGCGCGGCCGUGGACGCCGUCGGGCGCGGCGCGAUGCGUUUCGAGCACCUGCGUGGAGGCGAGGUUUGGGCCCCGGAUGACCCACGCUACCACGUCGCCGACGACGUGGGGCGCAACCUCGACGCCGUGGCCUCGGUGGCGCUCUCCGAGCUCAUCCGUCGCCAGGCCGACGCAGGGCGGCCAGUCACCUGUGUCGUAGCCAACGUUUUCGCACCGUGGGCGCUCCGCGCCGCGGGAGCCAUGGGCGUCCCGGGCGCCAUGCUGUGGACGCAGUCCUGCACCGUCAUGUCGCUGUACUACCACUACUUCCAAUCACUGGCGGCGUUCCCCUCGAAGGAGGCUGGGCCGGACGCGCCCGUCGAUGUCCCUGGGCUGCCCACGCUGGCGGCCGGGGAUCUCCCCGCGUUAAUCCAUGAGCCUGAGGAGAACAUAUGGCGCCAAGCGCUCUUGUCGGACUUUCGCAGCCUCCGCGAGACGGUGUCGUGGGUUCUUGUCAACACCGCCGACGAGCUGGAGCACGCAGCCAUCGAAGCGCUUCGCCCGCACCUGCCAGUUCUACCAUUACCAGUCGGUCCGCUCCUCGACAUGGAGAAAAUAAGCGCCGCCGACGAUGCCGACGACGAAUGCACGGCGUGGCUCGAUGCUCAGCCUCCGCGAUCGGUGGUUUUUGUGGCGUUCGGGAGCCUCGUGAAGCUGGAUCGCGACGAGAUGGCGGAGUUGGCAGGCGGGCUGGCGUCUACGCGGCGACCGUGCCUGUGGGUUGUGCGCGACGACAGCCGUGACCUCCUCCCGGACACCGCCGUCGCGAGCGGCGACAGCUGGGGCCGGGGUAAGCUGGUGUCCUGGUGCGACCAGCGGCGUGUGCUCUCGCACAGCGCCGUCGGAUGCUUUAUUACGCACUGCGGAUGGAACUCGACCACGGAGGCACUCGCGGCCGGCGUGCCCGUCGUCGCGUACCCCGUGUUCUCCGACCAGCGCACCAACGCCGCGUUCCUGGUGGACGUGUGCGGCGUCGCGGUCCGGCUCCCGACGUCUCCCACGCGAGACGCCCUGCGCCAAUCGGUCGAGGUGGUAAUGGGAGAUGGCGCGCAAGGGAAGCAUAUCCGCGCAAGGGCCCAGGGGUGGAGAGACAAGACCUGCGCGGCGUUGGCUGAAGGCGGCUCGUCCGACAUGGCCACCCAGGAGUUCGUUGAUGCUGUACUGUCCAUAGGAAUGAACUACUCAAGUAUGCCUUUUGUUUAGGGUUAUUUUCUUUAAAAAAAACACAUGCGUUAUUUAUACAUAAUACAAUUAAUCUAUACUCUUUUAAAAUAUCAGUUUCGUA